AACUACGACCGUUUCUGCUCCUGACGCUCUUGCGCUGCAAUUUCCAAUUUCAUUAUCAAGACUUCUUCUUUUGCCUUCAUUAACGCGUUCAGUCGUCUCCAUCUUCCUCUAUAAGAAUCUCUUUCAAUUGGGUUUCUUUCUUUCUUAAACUUCGUAAGGUGCAUUCAAAUUCCAUCCGUCUCCACUGCUUUGAACAUUGUUGAUCACUCGUUUAAGUUCAGUAUCACUCAAGUUGUACCUAUCAACUGACUGAUAAAAUUUUCAUUGCUCAUUGAGAGAAUGUUUGGCGUGAAAAAGUCUCCUGUCAAGGUUGCUAAACAUGGCUCAGCUCAACCUGGAUAUGCUGUUUCUUCUCGUACCAAUCCUUUCGACUCUGAUGAUGAGUUGGAUAAUAAGCAGACUAUUAAACCUUCAAGAAGGACGUCUUCUGAACCGACACUAAUGGCACCAAAUCUUAACUCAAAUCCUUUUGAUGAUGAAGUGCCAAAGGUGAACUCAUCUGCAUCUUCUCAUUCACUUGCUUCAGCCGUGAGAAAUAACUACAAGAAUGAUUUUCAUGACUCGGGAGGAUUGGAGAAUCAAUCAGUGCAAGAGUUGGAAAACUAUGCUGUAUACAAGGCGGAGGAAACUACAAAAACAGUCAAUAACUGCCUGAAGGUAGUGGAGGAUAUAAGAGAGAAUGCGUCCACAACUUUGGUCACUUUGCAUCAUCAGGGUGAACAAAUUACCAGGACCCACAAUGUUGCCAUUGACAUGGAUCAUGAUCUGAGUCGGGGUGAGAAGCUUCUUGGAAGUCUUGGGGGUAUGUUCUCAAAGACUUGGAAACCAAAAAAGACUCGUCCAAUAACAGGCCCAAGAAUUACAAAAGAUGAUCCAACCCGAAGAACAGCUAACAACUUGCAGGAGAGGGAGAGGUUGGGCCUGAAUUCUGCACCCAAGGCACGGUCAAAUGUAAGAGCACCAUCACCUGAACCCACCGGCGCACUUCAGAAAGUUGAGGUGGAAAAGGCAAAGCAAGACGAUGGACUGUCAGAUUUAAGUAAUUAUCUGGAUGAACUGAAGUAUAUGGCCAUUGACAUGGGGUCAGAAAUUGAGAGGCAGAACAAAGCUCUGGAGCCUAUGCAUAAUGAUGUGGAUGAGCUAAAUUUCCGUGUUAGAGGUGCCAACCAACGUGGUCGUCGAUUGCUUGGAAAGUAGAGAGUGCACAUACAUGAAAUUCACAUUCAAGACCUUUUUACAAUUUUACUGAUGGUUUCUCCUUUUCAUUAUGGAUCUGGAUAUAUGGGCACUGUUCCAUGGAUUUGUUCUUCCAGUUUCAGUUCUCUUGUUUCAAAUAAAUAAUGUUAGAAGUAUGACCAGUAUUGUUUUGACUAAGAUCCAUUUGUUCUUGACCA